CCCAACAAGACGCGAGGACCCGUAUUUACUUGCUGAUCGUGUCAAUGAACAUCAUGCAGGUGGCUUUGCUUCGCUUAAAGAAGCCUGCAGAUCCGUGACAAAGGGAAAAGAGGGAAGAGGGAAUGCCAAGGGUCGGAAGACAAUAAAACAUCGUGUGGCUACAGGCAAGGCUUGGCGAUGCUCCCGCAGAAAAAAGCAUAAAACCCCCAUCACAGGUUGCCCCUCCUCGAGCCAACCUUUUGCUUGAGACCCCACAUACCUUCAGGUCUGAGAAAUCGCAACUCUUGGUACAUUACCUUUUGUAUAUUGAAAACGGAUCGUCAUGGCUACUUUCACUCCUAUUCUGGUCAAUGCUCACCACAUCGAAGCGUCCACCUUCGGAAAUGACCGUAAUGGUGAUAAGCCGUUCAUGAUACCGGAUGACCGACGAGACAGUGCCGUCGAAUUUACCUCUUGCAAAUCAUCUGAAGACAUGGAAGACAUGGACUACAGUACUCAGCGCACGAAGCUGCAGACUCAGGUGGACGAACUGGGGUACAAGAUCGCACCUUCCGUCCAUAUUCCUCGCCUCACUCGCCGUGAUCGUCGUCGGCUUCGCCAGCUGGAGUACGAGCUUCGCAUGGCCUGGCGUCCUAUCGGCAAAGACAUUGCCAAUCACAUUUACGAAUCAGAUGUCUUGGCUGAGGUUGGGAUUCCUCCCUUGGCCGCUUGAUUAAAUGUUCACACUAUCUGGUCGUAUGGUACCCGUACGGUAUACCACCUGUAAAUGAAGCCUCUGGACUGUUUGUGUCAAUUUCCCAUGUUAUUUCAAGUUUUGAUGUUUUGAAGGAAGGAAAGGAGUUUCAAAUGUUAUUUUUGCAAAGUCGAUUUGUAAAUAGAUGAACCGUCAGUUCUUGCACAAAGAACUAUCCAGUAUUCUGGUGUACACCUUAAAUACAAUCUUCUCAAUGUAAAAUUUAUGAUUUUGCAAUGUUUCC